UCCAGGGCUCUUUUAGGGAGCAUCUGGACCAUCUAAAUGUGUUAUUCUCAGACAUGAAUUCUGCUCCGGAAUAUAGCCACUACCAGUUUUCUGCAAGAAAAGUCAAGCAGCCAAACGAUUUAGACGGCCUUAGCGGUAUUAUUUUGGUUGGCGGCGAGUCCACUACCAUGUCGCUGCUGCUGCAGCACAGCGGGCUGUUUGGACCUUUAGCCCAACUAAUCCAAUCAGGCAAGAUUGGUGUCUGGGGAACUUGUGCCGGCUUGAUUUUAAUAGCUAACCAGGUUACUAACACCAAGGUUGACCUUGGAGAUUGCAAGUUCAGGGUUCUGGGCGGUCUGGACGUCUCAAUUGAGCGCAACUCGUUUGGACGUCAGGUUGACUCAUUUACCCAAUUGCUUAGCUUUCAAGGAUCCAGAGUGACGUCUUUUGAAUGUGUGUUUAUCAGGGCGCCGGUUGUGUCUGGAAUUUUGAGCGAAAAGCCUUCCGUUGGCACAAAAAGCUCUGUGGUGGCAGAAGUAUUCGAGGCCAAUCAUCACCCUGUGGAGGUACUAUCACAGGUGGAAAAAGAUGGCAAGACGCUGAUUGUCGCUGUUCGACAAGGUCACAUUCUGGGCACGUCAUUCCACCCCGAGCUGGUGCCGGACUACGCGUUCCACAAAUGGUUUGUAGACGAAUUUGUCUUGAAGCGGUCGAUCGACGCAUAAAUAAAAAUUCGCGAGAGCGAUACAUAAUUCC